AUGCUAUCUUUUACAUUUCGCUUUUCUUUGGCGCUUUUGUUCUUUUGCUUCGCCGAUGACACAGAUUGGAUGAUCGUACUGCUCGCAGCAUUGAGAACGGUGCAGGGUGAAUUUAUUAUUGAAAUGAUAGCAAAAUGGCUAAAACUAUGUUAUCAUGCGCCCAUGUUUGAAAAUAAUGUUUACCGUGUGAUUGAGGGAUUUUACUUUCUGCAUGACUUAUAUCAUAAUUUCACUAAAAACAGAAACAUAUCCAAUGACUCAAACAAACUCAUAAUUUCAUUUAUAGCUUUUGCAGAAAUCGUUUUAGCAUUAACAUGA